AUGACAAAAAGAAGAAAUAUAAGUGCUAAACCUAAAGAAUUUAAAUUUAUAGACCAAACAUUAGAGAUAAUUGCUAAUGAAAAUUUAAAAUCAUCGAAUAUAAUUAAUAAAAGAAUUUCUGAUAUAACCAUGAAUAAAGUGGUCCAAACAGAAUCAGCUUUAGAAACUACGCCUCAGGAUAAAAAAGAUAAUAAGUUUAUAAAUAAUACACCAGAUACAAUUAGAAAUGAACAUGUACGAAAAUCAAGGCAUGAAGAACAAUCGAGGUCAAAUUCAUUUGCAAAUAAUAAUUCAUUUGAAAAUGCUGUAUCUUACGCUUCCUUCAGCUCUCCAAAUACAACGAAUAACGUUACAUAUUCGGUCCCACUUUUUGAGGGGUUUGGAACUUAUUAUGACCAAACAUACGGGAAAAUGAAUUUUCUAGUGAAUUAUUUGGUGGAUGCUUAA